AUGGAUGCCUCAAACAAGUCAGAUGAUGUGGGGAAAACCCUUGAGACACAAGCCAAAGCUUUUUUUGACUCUGCUCCUUCUUUGCACAACAGUCAUGAAAUAACUCAAAAAUUGAUUCAAUUCAUUCAACACAAUUCUUCAUCAUUAGCUAGAAGAAUUGUUUGUGUGACUUCUGGUGGUACCACUGCUCCAUUGGAGCAACUAUGUGUCCGGUAUGUUGAUAAUUUCAGUUCCGGUCAUCGAGGGGCCAUUUCUACCGAGUACUUUCUGAAGGCUGGAUAUGCUGUUAUCUUUUUGCACCGUAGGGGGAGUUACCAGCCAUUUUGCAGAUCCAUUCCUGAUGAUCCCUUACUUGAAUGCUUCGAGCUGACCAACGAUUUAAAUAUUCAAGUUCGCAAGGCUUAUUCUGAAGCAGUGAAAAGAGCUAUUUUGGAUCAUCAUACUGCAGUGGCAGGCGGUCAUUUGUUAAAACUUCCUUUCAGCACCAUAUUUGAGUAUCUUCAGAUGUUGCAGAUGAUUGCAAUCUCAAUGAGGUGUAUUGGCCUACGUGGGAUGUUUUAUCUUGCUGCUGCAGUAUCUGACUAUUAUGUUCCUUGGAAGAAUAUGGUGGAGCACAAAAUUCAGUCAGGACCACCCCUCUUGGAUGUGAAACUUUUUCAAGUGCCAAAAAUGUUGUCAGUAAUUCGGAAAGACUGGGCUCCUCAAGCUUUCUGUGUAUCUUUCAAGUUAGAGACAGAUUCAAGCAUUCUUGUAAACAAGGCUAAUGCGGCUCUUGAAAAGUAUAAGAUGCAUGCAGUUGUUGCAAAUGAACUCGCAACUCGUAAGGAGCAAGUGGUGGUCGUCACUAGUGCUGAGAAGAUUACCGGUAUGCGAGACAAUAGUGAGUCUGCUAAUGAUGUAGAGAAUCCCUUGAUUAAACUUCUUUCUAAGAGACAUAUCACUUACAUUGAGGAUUCCGGUAGGUGAGUCUGUAGAGUGACUUAGGCUUUGACCUUUGGUUUCCUUUUAUGAUAUUGAUAGGUAGAGUAAGAAAUAUAACUCAUGUCUUCAUUUGUGCUAAAGAUAUUGAUUAACUUCUUGUAUAUCCUGUUGUUAUCUUCACAGUUCUAUCUCUUAUUAAUUGAA